AUGCCGAGCAAAGUCUGGAGGAUCGCACUGGCACAGUCCCGAACCCUUCUCCCAAAUACUCCCCAUCUCGCGCGGCCUUCUCCAUCCAACUCCUCUCCGGCAAACUCCUCUCUAGCAAACUCUCUCCUCUCCAGCAAACUCCUCUCCGGCCCCAGCUGGGCGGAGUCCCCCGUCUCCGCCUACAUGCGCUACCUCGAAAGCUCCCUCCUCAGCUCCGACACCUCCCACCACCCCCGCCCGCCGCUUCCCUCCCCAGGGCUGCUCCCUUCCCCGCGCCCUCCCUUCCCCUUCCCUUCCCCUUCCCCCGGAGGGCUCCAUAAUUCGGCCUCGCUUCCGCCCCUUACUCCGACGUCCGCUUUCCCUUCUCCGACCGCGUUUUUGGAUCUGCUCUCGCCCAGAUCUCCUUACCCCCUGCUUUCGCCAGGGUUCCGCUACCCUAUGCCGUUGACUCCCAACUUUGCCCUCUCGCCGUUGCCGCAACCAGGAAUUUUGGGGGCCGGGCCGUCACCCAGGCUGCAGCCGCCACCUUCCCCCGGGCUCUGGUUCCCUCAAUCGCCGUCAGGGUUCUUGCCCAUACUGAGCCCUAGAUGGAGGGAUAUGUUAUAAAUUAAUGAUCGUUGUGCGAAGCCCAGACUCUACUCCUGUGUCAAACCUUGC